GUCAAAAAUAAUAUCAACAUUUCAAAAUGCCAGGUGCCGUGUGCGAAAUUAUUGAUGAUAUUGAGGAUUUAAUAUCUUCACAAGACAUAACUCCUAAAGAGAGAUAUGCGAGCAGAAAAAGUGUAAAUGUAAGAUCUAAAAAACGUCAAGUAGACAAGAAUGAAGAGCCGAUUGAGAAGAUAGUGCUAGAGAGUGUUGUACCAGGAACACAGAAAAUCUAUGUAAAGACAUGGGGCUGUGCUCACAACAACUCCGAUUCGGAGUACAUGGCGGGGUUGCUGGCAGCGCACGGGUACCCGCUGACGGAAGACAAAUGGGACGCACAACUCUGGCUGCUCAACUCCUGCACUGUCAAGAGUCCUGCUGAGGAUCAUUUCAAAAAUGAGAUAGAAUCAGGCCGUAGUCGCGGCAUCCAUGUGGUAGUUGCAGGGUGUGUGCCGCAAGGCGCCCCACGUGCAUCCUAUCUGCAGGGGCUCAGUGUAGUCGGCGUGCAGCAAAUUGAUCGCAUCGUAGAGAUUGUGGAGGAGACACUUAAAGGACACACAGUACGUUUAUUCGGACAAAAAAAGACUGGAGAAGGUAAAAAAGCGGGCGGUGCCUCGCUAUUGCUGCCUAAAGUGCGCAAAAACCCUCUAAUAGAGAUAAUACCUAUCAACACGGGAUGUUUGAACCAAUGUACUUACUGCAAGACCAAACAUGCUCGGGGAGAACUCGGCAGCUAUCCUCCGGAAGAAAUAAUUGAAAGAGCUCGACAGUCAUUUACUGAGGGAGUUGUUGAGAUCUGGUUGACAAGCGAAGAUACUGGAACAUACGGCCGAGAUAUCGGUACUUCCUUACCCGCGUUGUUGCGGCGGCUGGUGGCCGUGCUGCCCGCGGGCUGCCGGCUGCGGCUCGGCAUGACCAACCCCCCUUAUAUACUGGAACACCUCCCCGAUAUCGCUGAUAUCAUGCAUCAUCCAAGAGUAUACAAGUUCCUGCACGUGCCGGUGCAGUCCGGCAGCGACCAGGUGCUGGCUGACAUGAAGCGGGAGUACAGCCGGGCUGACUUCCAGCAAGUUGUCGACUAUCUUAGAGAACAUGUGCCCGGCAUGACGAUAGCUACGGACAUAAUCUGCGGCUUCCCCACUGAGACUGAGAGGGACUUCGAGGAGACCAUGUCCCUCUGCGACAAGUACAGGUUUCCCUCACUCUUCAUCAACCAGUUCUUCCCCAGACCUGGUACUCCGGCUGCCAAUAUGACUAGAGUCCCAGGUCAAGAAGUGAAGAAACGUACAAAACAAUUAUCCGAAUUGUUCCGCUCGUACGAGCCCUAUGGACACAAAGUAGGGGAGGUCCAAGAGGUCCUUGUAACAGAUAUAUCUCACGAUAAAAAUUAUUUCGUAGCCCACAAUGAAUUUUACGAACAAGUGUUAAUACCGAAAGAAGAAAAAUAUAUGGGCAAAAUGGUCACAGUAAAAAUAACCAGUGCUAGUAAAUUCUCUAUGAUCGGACAGCCCAUAGACGCUCCCAAGAUGGCGGGCGUCGCACAGCCAAUGAAGAAAGGAGAAGUUUCCGGUUUAAUUGGAGUCAGAGAGAAGAAAUUACCUUUGCCGCUACUAUUUUUGUUAGUAGCAGUCGUUUUUAGAAUGAUUUGGAUGUUUUUAUAGCGUAAUAAAGUAUUUUUAAAAGCAAA